ACAUGUAGCACCUAGUACACUUUUUAAUCCCGAAAUAUUGGAAUAAGUCCCAUGCUCUUGUCUUUUUUAUCCCCUUGAAUUUGCAUAUAUUGCUAGUAAUCCCAGAAGAAGAACAAGUCAGAAUUCACACUUUUAUCAAUAAGAACUUUGUGUGAGUAUGUGAGAGAGAGAGAGAGAGAGAGAGAGAGAAAGGAAGGAAGGAAGGAAGAAAAAUGGAUCACCAAGCUGAAACUCAGAGAACUGAUCUGAUGACAAUCACACGCUUUGUUCUGAAUGAACAGUCAAAGUAUCCUGAAUCACGUGGCGAUUUCACUAUUCUUCUCAACCACAUUGUUCUUGGCUGCAAAUUUGUUUGUUCUGCUGUUAGCAAGGCGGGACUGGCAAAACUCAUAGGACUUGCGGGAGACACCAAUGUUCAAGGUGAGGAGCAAAAGAAAUUGGAUGUUCUUUCAAAUGAAGUAUUUGUGAAAGCCUUGAUCAGCAGUGGACGCACAUGCCUUCUUGUUUCCGAAGAGAUUGAAGAGGCUAUAUUUGUGCCAUCAACACAUCGUGGCAAAUACAUUGUUGUGUUUGAUCCUUUGGAUGGAUCCUCAAACAUUGACUGUGGUGUUUCAAUAGGAACUAUCUUUGGUAUUUACAUGGUGAAGGAUGAAGCUAAAGUUAGUCUUGAAGAUGCAUUGCAACCUGGGAGCGGAAUGUUAGCAGCUGGUUACUGCAUGUAUGGAAGCUCUUGCACGUUUGUGCUUAGCACAGGAAAUGGAGUGAAUGGUUUUACACUUGAUCCUUCCCUUGGGGAGUUCAUAUUAACUCACACAAACAUCAAGAUACCAAGGAAAGGAAAGAUUUAUUCCGUGAAUGAGGGAAAUGCCAAAAAUUGGGAUGAACCAACCGCUAAAUAUGUAGAAAAGUGCAAGUUUCCUCAAGAUGGUUUACCACCAAAGUCUCUUAGAUACAUUGGAAGUAUGGUUGCCGAUAUCCAUAGAACAUUGCUUUAUGGGGGUAUCUUCAUGUACCCUGCUGAUGUGAAAAGCCCAAAUGGCAAGCUAAGGCUUCUCUACGAAGUCUUUCCAAUGUCAUAUUUGAUGGAGCAAGCAGGAGGACAAGCUUUCACAGGAAAACAAAGGGCACUUGAUUUGGUUCCAAAAAAAAUACAUGAACGGUCACCUAUAUUCCUUGGCAGCUACGAUGAAAUCGAGCAAAUUAAAGAGCUAUAUGCCGCAUCCAAAGCAUUUGGUGCAUGACUAUUGUGUUUGAAUCUCAAUUUGUGUUUCAUUAUAUCAAUUAUUGGGCACUUGACAGUUCAUUGGGUAGGACAACAUUUUGUUUCAGUAGAACAUGGUGUCUGUUUGAAUUAAGUUAUGCAUAGAAAAAAGAAAAGGGGGAAGAGGAUCUUUGUCCUUGAUUUAAAACCUCACAAUGUUGCAAUUGAAGGUUGAAGAUAAAAACGAUCGUGUUGUGUCACUAGAAUUCACGAGGUUGAAAAUCAUUCUUUGUGCAAAAGUUUGCUAAAUUGUUGCAUGACAUAACAAUGCUUUAAGAGUCUCUCGUCAUAUUCUUGUAAGAAUCCCAUUUUAGUUAUCCAUUUUCCCUCUAAAGUUUUAGUAUAGUUAAAUUCCUAGUUAAUACUUGAUUUUUUUUUUUAUAAAUGAAAAAAUGAUGUUUAUUAAUUAU